CUCGUAUAAGGCUUUCCUCCACACAAUUGAAUAAAGGCACUAGAAACCGCUUGCUUUGCCCAACGAAAGCGACGCGGCUAAAAGGCGCCUUGCCAUACAAGUGAGAGAUACUACGAACUGUGCUUGUUGCAAGGCGCCCGUUGUCUGGGCCAAGCGUGGGGUUUGCUAACGUUAGCAAGUGCAUGUGGUCGCUCCGCGUCCACCGCCAAAGAAUGGUUGAAUAAGACAACUCUUCAGAGGAGUAUUUGAUGGAUGGAUGCUGUUACCGAUCCUGUCAUGGCUCCGGAGACGCUGCUGAGCUCCGGAUGCCAGAGCGGCUCCGUCACAGCCAGCGGCAUGUCAGCGAUGACAACACCUGCCAUGUCGGAGCCAUCGAUGGCUGUCUGGGCGCGCGCAGCGCGCGCCCUGGAGCCUGCACGCGAUGAUGAUGGGAGGCAAGACGGGAUGCACUCGGAUACCGUAUCGAAGAGGGGCGGCGAUGGCGAAGGAUGUGUGCGCACAGCAAGAGUCGAUGGGCGGAGCUUCUCCGGUCGUGCGGAGGGCUGGGAACCGGGGUGCCCCAGUCUGCGUCCAGAGCCCCGGGCGCAUCAGCAUAUCGCGCUGCCGCUACCACUGCCGCUGCCGCUGCCGACGACCGGCAAUGGGAAGGCAGCUCAAGAGGAGGUGUUUUGGGGGAGGCACCCAGAGGACGCGGCGUUUGCAGAAGGGUAUGGCACGGACGAGGAGAGCAGCUCCUCCAGCGGCGCCUUGUGCGGCGUGGCGGCGGCGGCAGCGGGUGGGGCUUCCAGCGCGGUGGCAGCGGACGGAGGUGCCAGCGCAGUGGCAGCGGCAGCGGCAGCCACUAUCACAGCCACCGCAGCCGGUUUGGCCAAUGCAGCUGCUACAGCCGCGAUUGCCGCUGGUACAGUUGCUGCUACAGCCGCGCCUGCUGCGACAUGCACGUCAUUGCAGUCCCUGCCGUCGGCGCCCGUGUCCCGUGAGCUGGGCGGCUGCGGCGCCAGCAGCAGCCUCCAGUCGCCACAACCGCCGCCUCCUCAACUUGACCAGCACCACCACCAGCAGCAACAACAGCACCACCACCAGCAGCAACAGCACCCCAUAGCUGCUACAACCGGCAGCUCCUCUGGCGCGUGGGCUGCGACGGCUAGCUGCGUCGGCGCCGCUCCAGCUGGCGCCACCGCCGCCGCCGCCAGUGCUACAAUGGGAUCGCUGGUGCGCGCGGCUCCGUCCGGAGAGGUGGUGGAGAUGGCGGCGCCACGCGGGCCGUGCCGCUGUGACGGCGGCGGCGGCGGUGAUGGCGGCGGCAGCAGCAGCAGUCGUGUGCCGCAGCACCCGGCGGCAAGUGGUCCGGCUGUGUGCCCAGUAGCGGUGGCGGCGGCGGCUCACGCGGCGCCUCGCACGCCACAGUCUCGCCCGGCUGCUGCCGCCAGUGGUCCAUCAGUAACAGGAGCGGCGCGGGCCGGCAUCCAGCUGAUGAGCCUGGAGGGACUGGGUGGCGGCGGCGGCGGCGGCUGGCGGCGCUCGGUGGCCGCGGCGACGCACGACAGCAGCCGGGAGGUCUGCGGCUGUAGCAGCAGCUGCGGCGAGGGCGGGGCGCUCUGCGGCGGCGGCGGCGGCGGCGGCGGCGGCAUUGGCGGCGCGGCAGAGGUAGGGCGCGGCGGCUCCUGCUCCUGGUGCGGAGGCAUUGGCGGCGGCGGCGCGGCCGCUGCUACUGCCACGCCCGACGACGGCGCUGUGAGCCCCAGGCGCCGGGCCCCGCAGGUAGGGACCGACGCGGUGGAAGAGGAGGAGCCCACGGCAAAGCCGCCGCCGCGGCUGCCUUGGGGCCUGCUCCUCAAGCCGGACCCGGGAGCAGCGGUGGCGUCUGUGAGGCUGGGACCCGUGCCGCUGCUGCCGCUGCGGUCGCCGACGCCACGUAUGGCGGUGUCAGCGCUGGGGGCACCGCCCUGGGGAGCGGCAGCCAAACGCUCAGGCGGGUACGGCAGCAAGGCCGACGUUGAGAUGACGCCUGCAUGUGAUGAGCCCACGUGUGAUCGCGGUCCGGAGCAGGCGCCGCCGCCGCUGCCACGUCCACUGGCGCCCCAGGCGCAGCCGCCGCAGCCCGCAGUGAAGCUGGAGCGGGAGCAGCAGGCGGGAAGGAAGGAGGAAGCGGGGGAGCCCGCGCCGGCAGCCAAGAGGCCCUGCGUGCGCGCCGCUCCGGGCCAGGCGGCGGCGGCGGCGGCAGCGGCGGCUUUUCCGCGUUCCGGUCCAGCGUCGCCGGCCCCGACGGCAGCAGCGUCAGCAGCAGCACCUGCUGGGGCGGCAGUACCCGGGGUGUCGUCGGAGCCGCCGCCGCUGCCGCUGCUGCGCAGCUGCGCCUCCGCCCCCGCCGCUGCCACCACCGGCAGUGGCCACGGCGACGCCGGCUACCUGCUGGGGCCGCCGCCGCCACUGGCCUGUGGCAGGCAAGCACCCGCGGUGCCGCCGCCGGCAAAACAGCAAGGGUGGCCGCCGGCGCCGCCGCCGCUGCCUCCGAGCCAGACACUCAGCUACACGCACCACGCGUUUCCCACGGCGCCGGCCGCCACGUCCUCUGCCUCGGCCUUGGCUGCGGCUGGCCUGGCGUCUCCACCCACGCCCUGCUACCCACUGCCACACCACGUAUUUCACCAGCAGCAGCAGCAGCAGCAGCAGCAGCAAUACUACUACUCAGCAGCACCGCCAGCGCAGGCGUCACCGCCUGAACCCACGGCCGGCCUCAGCUGCGCCUGCGCCGACUGCUUGGCCGCUGCCGCUGCCACUUCAGCCGUGCGCCCGGCCCUGCGGGCGCCCAACCAUGCACCGCCACCACCACCAGCGCCGCAACCACAACCACAGCCGCAACAGCAGCUGCAGCUGCAGGCAUGGGCCCAGCCGCCAUCCGCAUUCCGCCUGGCACAUGUGCCCUACUCGCCCCCCUACACACAGUCCCAGCCGCCGCGGCUUCCUCCCAGCUUCGCGGUCGGCCCCAUCGGCCCCGGCCUCCACCUCUUCAACCCGCCACCAGCGGCCCUGCCCUCAGGCCCCGGCGCAAGUGUUGCCUCUGGUGCCGGCGCAUACCCGCCGGCUCACAGCUACUACUGCUAUCAGCCCUAUCAGCCGCAGCUACAGCCGCAGCUACAGCCGCCCCUACAGCCGCCGCAUGCGUCUGUCGUGCUGUCUCCCGCCCUGGCACAGCAGCACUGGCAGCAGCAACGACGGGUGCGGAGCGCCGGCGGUGCGCCGCCGUCGUCAGACGCCACCAUCAUGGGAGUGCCGCCAGCGCUGCAGCCGCCGCAGCCGCCACAGGCGGUUUUGAUGUCUCCCACAUCAGUGCUGUCCGGCGGUGCGAUGUCCUCCGCCGCCUCCGCCCAUUCCACCCCCGCGCUCACUCCCACUGCGUCUGUAUCGGCGGCCCCCGGGCCCGCCACAGCAGCACCAGCUGCAGCCGCCCCCGGCGCCGCCGGCUGCCCCUGCGCUGCCUGCUCUCCCAGCGCCCCCACGGGAGGGGCCGUGGCGGUUGCCGCGGCGGUUAUGGCGGCGGCGGCGGGAAGGGACGUGGCGGCGGCAGCGCCGCCGCCGUCCCUGUCGCAUGCGGCCCCAAGCACGUCUCCGCCUCCUCCACUCGGAGGCGGCCGCCGGGGCAACACAGCAUUCCUGUCCCCUUUGGCUGCUGCUGCGGCGGCGGCGGCAGGGGUGGCGGGGGCUACAACCACGGUGGCGGCGGCGGUACGCGGCAGCCAGCCGCUGCUGCCGCGCCCACGGACCGCGGUGGCGGCGCCGCCACCCGCAACUGCGGCGCCGGCGCCACUCGGCCUUGCGGAGCCCUGCCCCAUCGCGCCCACGGAGUUGCGGGCAGCAGCACCGCCAACAGCAGCGCCAGCAGCGCCAGCAGCACCGCGGCCCUCGGCUGCGGCCGCUGGUGCUAGCUUCCCAGCUGUGGCCGCUGCCGCAGCCGCCGCCAUCGCCGCUGCCGCCGCGGCCCUGAAGCAACGUAGGCGCCAGCAGCAGCAGCCCGCGGGCGCCGUGCCUGGGGCCGUGUGUAGCCUGGGGCCGUCCACGACAUCCGCUGCCACCGCCUGGCCUGGCGUGGGAUUGGCCUCCGCUGCUGCAGUGGCGCCGGGGCCGGCGGCGCCCCAGGCCAGCAGUGGCACUGCGGCCCCGACCGCCGCCGGCACGGCUUGUAGCCAGCGCCGUGCCCAGCCCCAGCGGCCCCACACCCACACCCACCUGCAGCAGCACCCGCUGCUUCAGAGCUCUGCCUCCUGGCCGCCAGCAGCUGCGAUCCAGCAGGGCCCUGCUGGUCAACGGUGGCAGCAGCAGAAGGGGCAGCACCUCCAGCAGCAUCUCCAGCAGAAGCAGCAGGAACGGGGCCCACUGCCCACCUCGUCCUCCUGCCCGCUGCCGCUGCCGCUGCCCAUGCCGCGCAUGGUUGUGGCGGCCCCGGCUCCGGCGGCGCCUGUGCCUAUGCAAGUGCCCGCGCCGCGCGCACCUCCGCCUCCGGCGCAGCUUCCCUCAGCAUCCCCGCUGCCGCCACCGCAGCUGCCGCCGUUGUACCUGCCGCAUUCGCAGUUGCCGGCAGCCGCAGGCGCCGCCACCGCAGCAGCAGCAGCGGCUACAGCCAGAGCAGCAGCUGCGGCGGUUGCUGGUGCUGGUGCUGGUGCUGGUGCCAUCACGGGCGCCAUCAGUGCUACAGCUGCCUCCGCAGCCGCCGCCGCCGCAUCGGCCGCAACUACGGCGGCGCAAUCCAAUGCGCGCGCGGCUGGGGCCGUGGUCGCCGCCGCUGCCGGUGGCACGGCAGCGGCGCGCGCUGUGGAUAGUGGUGGCGUGGCGUUUGAGGCCUUAGUCUCCGCCGCUGCCGCAGCUGCUGCGGCCGAGGCUGAGGCGACGGGCCGGGGCAGCAGCUGCUGAAGCUGCUGGCGGCAUGAUUGUGAGGGGAGUGGACAUGGAGCGCGUGCCUACUUUCAGCACCACAUCAUUGUCCCUAUAGAGUGCAUCAUCAGGAUUUCAGGGUUCCGAGGACUCCAGCCGCAUUCCUGGCUCGAUGAGAAUUAUCCGCAGGAGCAGUGGCCGUGGUCCAAAGGCAUUAUCAGCUUUGCAUGUUCGCGCAGUCGUUGAGUUAUAAGUCAAAGGCAUUCUUUGGAAGGAGCAAGGGGGGUCACGCUGGUGAUUGAAGUGCAUUGCGUUCGUGAGGACAAUUGAAGUUUCAGUUUCUGCAUGCAUAAUUGCUGAAGCAGGGGUAGUAACAAUCGUCGUGACGGAUGAGCAUCGUGACCUUUGACUUGAACUAGGUUGUAGUUGCCUGCAUUGAAUAAGUCGAUGUACGGAAUGGCACCCGCGUGUACACGUGCGGCAGGAUUGGGCAUGCCCAACCUGAAACGGGCGCCAAUGUGAUUUGCUUUGGCCAUGGAUAAGGAUGGCGCAUUCAAUCAGCUACAAUUUCAAGUAGUUCGCGCUUGGGGUUGCGAGACAAGCGUGUCGUAGCGCGUCGUAGCGUGUGGGACACAUGCGUGCCCUCAUCGCUGACAAUAGAUGUAGACAAACAGAAGCAAUAGAUGUAGACACAGCAGUGGUGUUUGGCCGUUGAUUGUCAGUUGAAUGGGGGGCAACGUUGUCACCCUGGCAUCAAGCCGGGGCGCGCCUUGUCGCUUACAGCAAUUGUGCUGUAGGUAUUGCUUUCAAUGCCAGUUAUCACGGCAGAUUGGCAAGUGCUUCGUAGCAUCAGUAAAUAGUAUAUUCUGUUCAACAUGCAGGCCGCCCUGACAACUACUCAAGGCGUUUGUCUGGGCGCUCAAGGAGUGUGUGAGGCAGGCGACCUGGUCACUCAAUCUCCUUGUGCGCGCGUGUAUGUGUGUGUGUGUAGGUGUAGGUGUAGGUGUACUGGUGUAGGUGUAGGUGUGUAGUGCUGGGCCGGGCCCGGCCUCCGCGCCGCUGCCUGGCGCAAUGCCGGCAUGCGGUACGGUGAUGCGCUUUGGAAAGAAGGUCUGCAUCCAAAAGUCAGGUGCUGAGGUGCACACGCAUGACGCGCCCGCCGUGCUCAUUCAGCACUGCUGCUUAUUAUGCCCCGCCUGCCCUUUCGAUUACUGCUCUUUUGGUUUCCUGAACCCCACAGCUCCACUACAACCCAUCAGCCGGGUGAGCAACGCACUUCGGUGUUGUCCUGUGCUGGUUGUAGUGCUGUGCUGGUUGUGGUGUGGUGUAUUAGUGGGUUAAGGCCACUCCACGGACCAAAGGCGGGUUUGCUGUGGGUGCGGUGGCUCGGGUGCUGCAAGUGUGGAAUGGAGGAGGCCGCUUCGAGCGAGGGCACUGGGUGGUACCACGCGUGCAGUGCUGGUCGGUUAGUCGGCCCUGCGCACUGCAGACAGCUGCGUGCGACAGUGCGCAGGGGAAGCGCAGAGCAGAAGCGCAUAGUAGUGGUGCAGUGCAGCACGCGGGCAAUCGGCGGU